AUGUCGGAGAUCGCUGGUGGAGUUAGAGGAGGCCGAUCGGAUUUCGAGCUUCCUGAUGAGAUUCUAUCGGUUAUUCCGACGGAUCCUUUCGAGCAACUAGAUCUCGCUAAGAAGAUCACCUCCAUGGCGAUUGCUUCCAAGGUGUCAAAUUUGGAGGCCGAGGUUAUCGAAAUGAAGCAGAAACUCCAUGAGAGGGAAGUCGGUAUUCACGAGCUUGAGUGGAAGGCGUCUCGCCUGGAAAGAGACUUCCGAGAAGCCGAUUCAAUGUUGAAGAUGUCCCUCCAUGAAAACAUGAACCUGAGAAAGGAACGUGAUUCACUUGAGGCGACAGCAAAUAAACUGAGAUGUGAUGUCGCUAAGCUGGAGACAUUCAAGAGGCAAUUAAUUCAAUCCUUGAGUAAUGAGAAUGUUUCUGUGAAUGAAACAGAACCUGCUGAUAUCAGGACAUGUGACCAGUCGGUUCCUCGGUGGUUUACUCCAGUCAAUGCUUCAGAGUACACAGGGCCCAGAUUGUCUGUAACUCCAUACAUCUCUCCAUGGGUUACGCCAACUAUAAUCUCUCCUCGAAGCAAUUAUGCUGCAGGAUCUCCCAGGAGAACUUCUGGUGAAAGAGAAAAUACAAUUCUCUGGUGCCCAUCAAGCCAGCAAUCAUCAGCUUCAAAUUCUCCUCCUCGUGCCUUCCCACUCUCAGCUCGGAUUGAUGGCAAGGAGUUUUUCCGUCAAGCCAGGAGCCGAUUAUCAUAUGAACAAUUCAGAGCCUUCUUGGCUAACAUCAAAGAACUGAAUGCUCACAAGCAAACCCGAGAGGAAACUCUGAGGAGAGCGGGUGAGUUAUUGGGGGCAGAGAACAAAGAUCUUUACUUGUCUUUCCAAGGACUUGUUACCAAGAACAAGACCUAA